UGUCCGUCACAGAUCUUAUUGCUUCAGAUCGUUUGAAGUUUUAGAUUUGCAUAUGACCCUUCUGAAAAAAUCGAAACUUUUUUCUUUGGCUUAUUGAUUGUCGUUGUGGAAAGACUCCUUCUUUGCAUAUAUAGUCUAUCAAACCGAGUAGGGGUUUUUGCUUGUUCAUCUGUAUUCCGUGAGUGAUCAGAUUCUACAUCAUUGGAGAAGAGGAGAGGAUUUGACUUUUCACUUGUUUGUGUCUCUGAUCAUUAGGAAAGAAUGAGAUUGAGAUUCAGAUCAGAUCACUUUGUCUUCUUUUGAUCAGAUCCUGUGAGCUGAUACGUUAGAGAGAUAUUCUUUUUGAUGGGUAAUGUUUGUGUUGGGCCUACCAUUUCUGGAAAUAGUUUCGUGCAAGCUGUUUCCGCUGCAAUAUGGCGGCCACGGAUUGGAGCUGAGCAAGCCUCUUCCCAUGGCAGUGGAUCAGCUUCCAAAGAAGCAUCUUCUUCCCAUGGCAAAGGAGGAGAAGUUUCCAAAGAAGCGUCAGCUUCAGGACCAUUACCUGAUCAGGUUCAGAAUAAACCCCCUGAGCAAGUCACAAUGUCAAAUCCAAGAACCAUUCCAGAAGCCGAAACCAAAUCAAAACCAGAUGCACCUGAGGAAAUCAAGCAGGAGGUUGUUCUGCAGGUGGAUAAAACAAAGUCUGAGGCAACAAAACCAGAUGCAAAGAGUGAAACCAACCCGGAGAAGAAACCUGAACCUAAUAAGCCUAAACAUAUGAGGAGAGUGUCCAGUGCAGGGCUUAGGACAGAAUCAGUAUUGCAGAGGAAGACUGAAAACUUCAAAGAGUUCUAUUCGUUGGGAAGGAAACUCGGACAAGGGCAGUUUGGGACAACGUUUUUGUGCGUUGAGAAAGGUACGGGGAACGAGUAUGCGUGCAAAUCCAUUUCCAAGAGGAAGCUUUUGACGGAUGAGGACGUUGAAGACGUGAGAAGAGAGAUUCAGAUAAUGCAUCACUUGGCUGGUCAUCCAAAUGUUAUAUCCAUCAAAGGAGCAUACGAAGAUGUUGUGGCGGUGCAUCUUGUGAUGGAGUUGUGUUCAGGUGGCGAGCUUUUUGAUAGGAUUAUCCAACGUGGGCAUUACACUGAGAGGAAAGCUGCUGAGCUCGCGAGAACCAUUGUUGGAGUUUUAGAGACUUGUCACUCUCUUGGUGUUAUGCAUAGAGACCUAAAGCCUGAGAACUUUCUGUUUGUUAGUAAAGAAGAAGAUUCACUCUUGAAGACGAUUGACUUUGGUCUCUCAAUGUUCUUCAAACCAGAUGAGAUUUUUACAGAUGUUGUUGGUAGUCCAUAUUAUGUAGCUCCAGAAGUUCUUAGAAAGCGUUAUGGUUCUGAAUCAGAUGUGUGGAGUGCUGGUGUGAUUAUUUACAUUUUGUUAAGCGGUGUUCCUCCUUUCUGGGCUGAAACCGAACAAGGUAUAUUCGAACAGGUCCUUCAUGGAGAUCUUGACUUCUCAUCUGAUCCAUGGCCAAGCAUCUCUGAUGGCGCAAAAGACUUGGUGCAGAAAAUGCUUGUGCGUGACCCCAAGCGAAGACUAACUGCACAUCAAGUAUUGUGUCAUCCAUGGGUUCAAAUUGAUGGUGUGGCUCCAGAUAAACCUCUGGACUCUGCUGUUUUGAGCCGUAUGAAGCAGUUUUCUGCUAUGAACAAGUUCAAGAAAAUGGCUCUUAGAGUCAUAGCAGAAAGCUUAUCUGAAGAAGAAAUAGCCGGUUUGAAAGAAAUGUUCAAGAUGAUUGAUGCAGACAAUAGUGGUCAGAUAACUUUUGAGGAACUUAAAGUAGGACUAAAACGAGUUGGUGCUAAUCUCAAAGAGUCAGAGAUUCUUGACCUUAUGCAAGCUGCUGAUGUGGACAAUAGUGGAACAAUAGACUACAAAGAGUUCAUAGCAGCAACAUUGCAUCUAAACAAAAUAGAGAAAGAGGACCAUUUGUUUGCCGCCUUCUCCUACUUUGACAAGGAUGAUAGUGGAUUUAUCACACCGGACGAGCUUCAGCAAGCUUGUGAGGAGUUUGGUGUUGAAGAUGCACGGAUAGAAGAAAUGAUACGCGAUGUUGAUCAAGACAAGGAUGGAAGAAUAGACUACAACGAGUUUGUGGCAAUGAUGCAGAAAGGGAGCAUCAUGGGAGGAGGACCUAUGAAGAUGGGUUUAGAGAAGAGCAUUAGCAUCUCUUUGAAACACUAGUUGUCAGAUAUACAAACACCAUAAGAUCAAGAAAUACUUAUGAAUGAUGAUGAGUAUUAUGUUAUUUUUCUUCUUCUCAAUAUUGUGAUGAGAUUUUUUGUUAUUAUUAGGAAAGUCUUUUUACUGUACUGUGUACUUUAUGCAUAUAAACAUUGUUCUUUGGUCUGUUA